AAAUUACUAAUUGCACAAAGUCUGAAGAUGAAGAGAAAUUGAGUAAUUUGAAAAAAAGUUAUGUCUCCAGUAAAAAGCCAAAAUAUCGAUGAAAUAGAAUCUUGUGAUGUACCGGAUGAUGUAGCUGUGGAUUUAAAAGCCAAAUUUCUUAUAGUUCUUAUCGAAUUGAAUUACAUUCACAUAGCUGAUAAACUUUUACCUAAAUUUUACACAUAUGAGAAUCCAGAAAUUUCUGGAGAUCUUUUUCUAGAUUUGGCAGAAGCAUUAAUGGAUAAGCAAGAAUUUCAGCGUGCAUUAGUUUUAUUGGAUCCAUUAGUUGAAAGUUCGAAUUAUAGUUUGGCUGCAGUUUGGCUAAGGCAUGCAGAAUGUUGGGUUGGUUGCAAUGACAUGAAUAAAGCCAUAAAAUCUUACGAAAUUGUCCGAAAAUUAUCACCACAGCAUUUAGGCGGAAAAUUAGCUCUAGCUAAACUUUAUACAGAAGCAAAACAUUAUGACAAAGCAAUAGAAGUUCUCUAUCAAGAUCCUGAAUCUGAUACAUUAGAUCCUGAUGUUAUAUAUCAAAGAACAUUAUUACUUUAUAAAGUUGGAAGAUACGAAGAAUAUUUCUCGUCAGGAAUGUUACUUAUUUCAAGGCAUUGUGUUAAUAUAAGAAGAAGGAUUGAAUUAAAUGCACUGGCACGUCCAACGGGUGUUCGGCAACGCCUUGAGAGUUUAAAACUUCGUCGUUUAGCAUCCGGAGAAACAUUAGAGGAUGAAAACGCUCCCAUAUUUACUGAUAGUACAAAACUGAGUGAAAAAAAUGAAUAUCAACUUUUUCUACAAAUGUGCGAACUAGCAUAUAAAUUUAAAAAAUAUGGUUUUCUUCAAAGAAUAUGUUUCACCGUUUUGACAACCAAGAAGUUUAAAAAGAAAAACUCCUAUCUAAUUUUCCUAUGUUUAAUCUCUUGCAUACAUAAUGAAGAUUCAUUCUACGGAUACAAUAUCGUGAGAGACAUUGUACGUGUCUGUCAGAGAUCCAACUCGUGGAAUUUAUUAAAUAUAAUUAUUCAAAAAGCCCAAGAUUUGAGGCAUAACAGAUUCAUAAUGCGAUUACUUGGAAGAGAUGUAUUUUCGUAUUUGCAUAUCAUGCAUGCAAAUAAUUGUCUUGUCUCAGGAACAUACAAAUAUGCAUUGAACGGUUAUAUUUCCCUCUUCAAGGUGGCACCUAGUGCAUUGUUAGCAUUGUUAAUAGGUAUUACGCAAUUACAAAUGGCAUGUCAAAAAAUGUCAGCUAAGAAAAAUCAACUUGUAAUUCAAGCACUAGCCUUUUUCAAAAAGUAUAUGCAACUACGUGGGGAAGAUGGUAAACAGGAAACUUAUUACAACAUGGCACGAGCAUUUCAUCAAAUUGGUUUAUUACCAUCUGCAAUUCACUUCUAUAAAUUAGUUCUGGAAGAAGAUCCGGGAGAUAUAGUUAAGCAGCAUGCAAAUCUUUUGGACUUAAAAAAGGAAGCAGCUUUCAAUUUACAUCUUAUCUAUCUGCAAUCGGAAAAUCAUCUUCUUGCUAGAAUGUAUCUUGAAAAUUAUAUCACUAUUUAAAUAAAAAAUGUAAAAUCUGAA